AUGUCCUUCUCCAACCUCGUCAACGACCUCUCCUACCGCACCACACAAUCCGAACGCCAACGCCCUACCUCCGGCCUGACCGACCGCACCCUCUCAGACGCCCGAUCGAACUACUCCCGCGCUCGCUCCUACGCCUCCACCGCCGCCACCUCCGUCUCGAUCAGCGGCGACAUCUCCUCACAGCUCCAUGGCGGAUAUUCACACCCACUGUCGCGCGCGUGGCAGGCUGAGCGCCAACUCACCAAGUCAAUGCUGAUCUACCCGCUCUUCAUCACCGACAACCCCGACGAGGAGACCACAAUCCCGAGCUUGCCCGGUCAGAAGCGAAUGGGCUUGAAAAAAGUCGUGCCAUUCCUGCAGCCAUUGAUCGCCAAGGGCUUGAAAAGCGUCAUCCUCUUCGGGGUACCUCUCGCACCGGGCGCGAAGGAUGCUCUGGGAACAGCAGCAGACGAUCCACAAGGUCCAGUUAUUGCCGCCAUUCGAUUGCUGCGAAAGUCGUUCCCGCAGCUGCACAUUACGGUGGACGUCUGUCUAUGCGAGUACACAAGCCAUGGGCACUGCGGAAUCCUCCACGACGACGGUACUUUGAACAACACCCUCAGCGUCGACAGAAUCUCAGAUGUCGCGUUAGCGUAUGCCGAGGCUGGAUGUCACUGCGUUGCACCUAGCGAUAUGAACGAUGGCCGAAUCCGAGCAAUCAAGCUGAAACUGAUCGAGGCGGGCAUGGCACACCGGAUCAUGCUCAUGUCAUACUCCGCCAAGUUCAGCGGCUGCUUGUAUGGACCUUUCAGAGAUGCUGCGGGAUCUAUCCCCAGCUUUGGAGACAGGAGAUGCUAUCAGCUACCACCCGGCGGACGCGGUCUGGCGAGACGGGCCAUCGAGAGAGAUAUCAAAGAAGGCGCGGACGUCAUCAUGGUCAAGCCGGCGACUCAAUACCUCGACAUCAUCGCAGAUGCAAAAGAGAUUGGAAAGAACAUGCCAAUCGCGGCAUACCAUGUCAGUGGAGAAUAUGCCAUGAUUCACGCUGCGGCAAAAGCUGGUGUGUUCGACCUGAAGACCAUGGCAUUUGAGGCUACUGAAGGCAUACUAAGAGCUGGUGCGAACAUUGUGGUCUCAUACUUUACGCCAGAGUUUUUGGACUGGCUGGACAACUAG